AUGUCUUUCUUUAACCCGUCAUUAGCCACCGGAGCCCUUUUUGGUGCCGGACUUGUGUCCAUGUUUUGGGGUGGAAGUAACUCCAACAAUGCUCCUCAAGUCCCUGUUGGCGGCGGUGCAGUUCCCGUCGGUUCCGCUGGGUCUCCCUUUGGUGGUCUCCCAGACAAGCCCCCUCCAGGUACUACAGUUUUUUCCGUCUAUGAUUUCCUACAACCAGUGUCACCUAGCUCUGGCGAUGGCAAUCCUGGUUCUGGGCUGGUCCCCAUCAACGCGUCUGAGUUUUUUGCGCGGUACGGGCACCCGGGUCCAAGCUCCGACUUGGCUGUUCGCGACGAGUUUAUUUCGUUUUAUGACCGCCGCACGCGCAACCCUCAUUACGUCGUGGAACACAUUACCGCUGAAUCCUUGGCGUUCCGCGCGUCAGAUGGCAUUGACCGCAAAAACUCCGUGUUCAAGGAAGACCCUGCUGUUCCGGAUACAUUCAAAUCUAGACUAAGAGACUUUUUCCGCUCCGGUUAUGAUCGUGGACACCUGGCCCCAGCCGCAGAUGCCAAGUUCUCACAAGGUGCUAUGGACCAAACAUUCUUCCUCACAAACAUGUCGCCACAGGUGGGCGAUGGGUUCAACAGAGACUACUGGGCCCAUUUCGAGGACUUUUGCCGCAGACUUACCAAGGAGUACGAGUCGGUUCGCAUUGUUUCCGGACCCUUGUUUUUGCCUAAGCGUGGUGCAGACGGAAAGAUGCGUGUCACCUAUGAAGUCAUUGGUGACGGUGUUGCAGUCCCAACUCACUUUUACAAAAUCAUUGUGGGCGAACGACCCUUAAAAACUGGCAGACCCUCCGAUGUUGCAAUUGGCGCAUUUGUGCUCCCUAAUGAACGUAUCGAUAAUAAGACUCCUCUUAAGGCCUUUGCUGUUCCAGUGUCCGCCGUCGAGCGUGCCUCGGGUCUCCAGUUUUUUUCUAAACUCCCACCAAAUAAUAGAAAAGAGCUGUGCCAGCAGGUGACGUGCGAAAUCAUUGUCCGUGACUUUAGCAACUCCGUCAAGUCUCUUCCUGCUCCCAAAUAA